UGUCACCGUGACAGGAUAUUUCCUUUGACAGUUAAAAAUCGUGAGGUGGUGAAAAAUAAAUUGAAAGGAUUGUUAUGACUAAAAUCAAAAUUUAUCAGGAAAAGAAAUGUGACCUCACAAGCUAAUUUCGGUCAACUUAGUUGCAAAUUCACCCUCCACAAAGUGUUCAAAACAAUUCAAUCACAAUGACGAGUAAGCGAAGUCACAACUUACGAAUCGAGCAGGAAAUCGACAAAAACCGAGAAGACGGAAAUUGGAACAAAGUCAUUGAAUUAGCGGAUCAGUUGAAAGUCUUAUAUCCCAGUAACGAAUGUCUUGCGAACUUCCUAUGUGGAGAAGCAAGAUUAGAGAAAUUUUUAGAGCAGACGCCACCAAUCGAUGAAAACAUUGGGAAAGCUCGCACUGGACUCGCGGAAACGAAACAAUUCUUACUUCUCGCGGCCAGUGAAAAGGACAAACAAGCUCUCGUUGUCCUCGACGCCCAUCUUCUACUAGGCAAACUCCACUAUGCAAUGGGAAUGUACAAUGAGGCUUUGUUUCAUUACCAACAAGCUGAGCUACAUACUCUAACCGAAAAACAAUUACCAAGCAGAAGUAUGCGAAUUGUUGCAGAAUCCUACGCAAUAAAAGGCCUCUGUCUCGAGAAACAACCUCCCAGUAGCAAAUCCAAGUUCAAAAUUGCAGAAUGGCAAGAAAAGCUGAUUAAAUGUUACGAAGUUGCGAGUGACUUGACUUUAGUUUAUUUACAGGAUCAAGACAAGCAAAAUCUCCAUCAGCAGAAUGGAACUUAUAUCGGAACUUACACAGGAAAUCACACUGGAGCCCUUUACACUCAUUCCUCAAAUAACGAGGCCAAAUACGUGGGUCCCAUUUUGGAAACAGCUUUAUACAGAGCUCCACUACUACACAUUCAGAACAAGAAUAUCAAAGCAGCUGUUAGUCGGUACAGAGAAAUUUUAUCAGCCGUUGAAUCCACUUCGACUCAACGCCUUCGGCUAAUUUUAACUCGCCAGUUUGCUGAAGUUCUUUCCAGAAACAUGAGUGGUGCAAUUUACGAUCCCCCUGAACCUCCUUACAGUUCACCAGGAUCUCGCAAAGUGAAUCAAACCAACGCUCACAGCGGCAAAGUUGAUUCUCCCUGGAAGCCGAAGAAAUACUCGGGACCUAAUAUUUUUAUUCCAAAGAAUAGAUACGAAGAAACGAUAUUGUUACUUCUGAUCAGUGAAGCCAUGGCUGUGAGAGAUGCAGUAUUAAGUCAGUCUCCGGAAUUCAAAGAAGCUCGCAUACGUGCUUUCGAAAACGCAACAGCUGUUUACGAUCUUCUAACAGUUGUUCUCGUACGGUGGGAACAGAUAGAAAUUUUACAUGAAUCUUUCGAAAGAGCGAUGAAGUUCUCCCACGAAGAGGUUCAUGUUUGGCUUCAGUAUGCGUUGUGUCUGAUGAAUCUCGGAAAACACAUCCAUGCAUAUGCAGUUUUACAAAUUGUCUGCAGGAUUGCGCCAAGUAAAGUCAUGCCUUGUUUACUGGCUGCGAGGCUUUGUUACGAAGAGCUAAAUAAUCCAGAAGAAGGAAUCAAGUGGAGUCAACAAGCGUUGCAAAGAGAUUCUGCAAAUACACAAGGAUUGCAUUCAAGAUGUCAUCUUUAUGUUGGAAUUGGACACAGUAUUGUUGCUGCGAAUACGUUCAUCAGACAAGACAAAUCUCAGAACACAACUAUGGCUUUUGACUCUUUCCACAAGGCUCAACAAAUCGAUCCGAACGAUCAUCUGGUGGAAUAUUACUUAGCUCACGAACAUGCAAUGAACAGGCAGAUGGCUGAUGCCAUGACCCACGUAAAAAUCGCUCUCAAUCUACGAGCUGAACACAUUCCCUCUCUCAAUUUAUUGAUUCUACUCUUAACAGCUCAGAAGCAAUAUGCAGAGGCUUUACGUUUGAUUGAUUCCAUCUUGGAAGAGUACCCAGACAAUCUUAACUUUCUCUACAUAAAGGCUCGAUUAGAAUUGUAUAUUAUAGGGGAAGAAAAUGCACUAGUUACUAUAAAGCACAUGCUCUUUAGAUGGAAAAACUUGUAUGAAAGCCAAGUGAAUGCUGACACUAGUGAUCAGCACAGUGAUAAACGAAGUGAGACCAGAAGUGUUUUUCAACUUUACGCCUCAGAGAUGUCUGAUAAGGAUUCGAGUUCACUUCACACCCAUUCUCUAGCGGUUUCGAAAGUCGAGCAAGCUCUGUCGGAAGUUGCUUCCUCUCUUAGUUCCUUUAUGCCAAAGCCAGGACCUCAUAAAUUAUGGCUCUUACAGUUGCAAGUUUGGAUUCUUUUAGCAGAAGUAUUUUUGGCUUUGGAACAAACUCUCGGGGCAACUUUGUCUUUGCAGGAGGCAGCUAGUAUUUAUCCAUUGAGUCAUCAAAUUAUGUACACGAAGGGUUUGUUGUACGAGUACAAAAGGGAGUUUUCAGAGGCGAAACAGUGGAACCAGAAUGCUGUUACGAUUAAUCCUUCUCAUAUUAAGAGUCUUCAGCAUUUGGGUCUGAUUUAUCAUUACCUUGGGAGUCAGAGACUAGCUGAGAAAAUUUUAAGAGAUGCUGCAAAAAUGGAUCCGACCUCGCAUCAGACAUGGUACAACCUGGGGAAGGUUUUGGAGGCCUUGGGUGAGGUUGAAGCUGCUAGUGAUUGUAUGGCAACUGCUCUGGAAGUGGAAACUUUGAAUCCGGUUUUACCGAUUCCUUCUAUACCGUUGGCAUUUGAAUAAGAUUUCAUUCAUGAUAUUAUAUUUGAAGGGUCCGUAGCUUAAACCUGUUAACUGACAUUUCAGAAAUUUUAAUCGACGAAGGAAAAUCGUUGCUAUUUUUGCAAUUUUCAAUAUUUUUGAAAACUGCAAAAUCUUUUUUGUUCAUUUACUAGAAAGAAAAAAAUACAUGUUAGUUUUAUAACAUUUUAAUCAAAAUUAAACUUUAUAUGACAAUUGAAAGCUAUUCAUAUGCUAUCUGCAAGGGGUCCAGCGGUCUAAACAUGUUAUCUGCAGUGUUCUACCGUUGGUUUUCUAUUGUUUUUUUUUCGGCCUCGCAUGUUUCUGCAUUGUUUUUCAAGCUCUUUGUAAGUUUUAUAUGUCAAAAUGUUUGGAAUCGCAAGCCGAACAUAGAAGUGCUUGCAAAAAUGUAAAGUAGUUGAUUGCUAAAAUUUACUGAGUGUUAUUAAUCGAGACGCUUCGCUCACCUUCGCAUUUACAGCGAUCUGCAGACGACAACAUCGAAGAUGACGUGAAAGUGGCCACAACUUACUUUUGACACACACACAUACUUACCUGCACAUACACUCACAUGUGUCUCACUGACCUAUUAUACGAGUAAACUGAUCCAUUGUGAGAAAAAGCACUGAUUUCUCAUAAGACGCAUUAAGCAGUUAACAAGUUUAUACCGCGGGUCUAUGCUCUAGAUACCAAAACACGAUUUUCGAAAAUCCAUAAAAAAAACUAAAAGGAAUUUUGCCGUUUUGCUUGCGGGAUAUUAACUGCAUAUAAAAAUGUUCCAGAAAAUACGAGUAACUCAAUUUCGAAAAAAAUGUCAGUUAACAUGUUCAGACCGCGGACCCUUCAUUUGAAGAAGAGCCGCCUGGUGCGUCUUCAAGGCAUAUGUUCUUUCGUCUCUAAUAAUAGAGUAAUAUGUACCUUUUGCACUAUUUUUCUUUUUCAAUAAUAUUUUUUAUUUAUUUUUAUUCUUGGUUUUGAUAUCAUGUGGAGGCACGAGUAAAUUUUUGAUCCAUUAGAAUACUAAUUUUCCAGAGUAGUAAUUCCAUUCCAUACAUUUUUUCCUAACAUUUAUAAAUUUUUCUAAAUUUUUAGAAUCAGAUUAUAAUUUUAUCAAGAAUAAAAAUCUUAAAAUUAAA